AGUCGAAAGCGAGAUUGUGUGCAGUUGUACUCCGCAGCAGUAGGUGGCAGUAUUCGCAUUUUCUAUCAGCGCUAUAACCAGAAGACUGGUUUUGUCUGUUUAUCUGGUUCUUUAUAAAUGUAUUUAUAUUUCAUUUCUAAAGCUACGUGCAAGCAAUAUGGCAGAUGAUGUUUUGUUUGAAUUUCUCCACAUGGAGAUUGUGUCUCAUGUUUACAAAGAACAGGCGACCCGGGGGGACAUUGAUAAGGAAAGAGUGACAUGUGUAUCUACUCUGGAGGCAAUGGGCUUCAGAGUUGGACAAGGUCUGAUCGAAAGGUAUACAAAAGAUUGUCCCAGUUUUAAAGAUGACUUGGACGUUAUGAAGUUCCUCUGUAAAGACUUCUGGAGCACCAUCUUCAGAAAACAAAUCGACAACUUGAGGACCAACCAUCAGGGCACAUUUGUCUUACAAGAUAAUAAAUUUACAUUGCUGACACAGUUGUCCAAUGGAAAGCAAUACCUUGAAGAAGCCCCUAAAUAUUUGGCCUUUUCUUGUGGUAUGAUCCGGGGAGCUCUGUCGAAUCUGGGCUUGGAGGGUGUUGUGACCGCAGAAGUAUCUGUAAUGCCAUCAUGCAAAUUCCAGGUUGUAGUUCAGAAAAGCUAAGAUGACGUAGCAGCCGGCAUGUUACAACCAGUGAACAUCCAGGUUUGAGCAAAACUUUAUGAAUGUGACUUACAUGGAUUUACAUUCUAAAUGUUUACAUCAGAAUGGUCGUUUGUAAUGUUAUGUUUGAUAUAAUGCUGUUUGCAUUUUAGUAAGAGCGUUACAUCUAUUCACUGUUGUGAUUCAUGCAUAUACAACUGUUUUGAUGUUCUAAGCCAAAAAAAAAAGAAAAAUACUUUUGAUAAUAAUAGAAACAUUCAUAACAUCAUGUUCUACCUCUACCUUACAGUUAAUGAAUAAUAAUGAAAGGAAAGUUUCAUAAAAGUGACUUUUCUUAGCUGAAAUUCUUUUGAUAAAUGUAAAAGUUACUUUACAUUUUAUAGACACUUUGUGUGGUUAAAACUUUAGGAAUGUUUGAUGUUAAACGUUGUAUAACAUCAAAUGUUGUAUAGUUUUAUUAAAAAUGUAAGAUAUUUUCACAACUUCGUAUGACAAACUAACAAAUACUUAUCAGAGGUGCAAAGACAAUUUAAGUAUGUGUCAUAUAUCAGAGUGUUUUUCUUUGGCAAACUUUUACUUCACUACAUUCUGAUGCAUAAUAUUGUACUUUAUACUUCACUACAUUACAUAAUGUAACAUUGUUUUUACCUAUAAUACUGUAGUUAAGUAUUAAGUGAAAUUUAUACGAAAUGUAGUGCAGUAAAAAGUAUGAUUUUAUGCUUUAGAUUUAGUGAAGGAAAAGUACUCAUAAAGUACAGAUACUUGAAAAAUGUGCUUGAAUAAAUAAAAAAUUCUUGAGUACUUUACACCUCUGUUAAUGAUACAGAGGAAAUAAUUCGAUUUAGCUAAAACAUCAAACAGCUCUUUUCAUUUUUAAAAAUUGUAGCGUUUUUGAUCAAGGUGUAUUUGGUGAUUUUUUUUUAUUUAUUAGUAAAAUGUAGUUUCUUCUGUACACCAGAAGAGGGCAGCAUUUGUCAGUCACGUGCAGGUCAAAUUCUGCUAUUCUAGAGUAAAAAAACUGAGCAGAAAACUGAGUCUGGGAUCUCUUUUAGCUCUGUUAAUCAAAGCUUUUAUGUUUUUUUUUUUUUUUGUGCAGGGUACAGUUUUGAAAUGUUUAAAAUCGGAUAAUUGAACUGCUUGUUUACUGUAUAUUGUGUUUGCUUGUUGUUUAAUGCACAUUUCUGGAUAAAUAUUAAAAUAAUGAUUGAUUUAAAACAAA